AUGGUAUCCUUCACGGCUCUCGUUACCACUUUUCUCGCAGUUGCUGGUGCUGCAAUCGCCACGCCAACGCCAAAGCUCGCUGAACAGCCGGUGGUAACCUAUCUUGGUACCCAAGGACCUAUUCUUUCAAGCGGUGCAUGGACAUCUAAGGGCAUAGUCUACACCUCGGGAACCGUCCCUUCGUUCAAUGGAACGAUUGUAUCAGGCGGUAUUGAAGCUCAAACGGCUCAAGUCAUCAAGAACAUUGCCGUUAUCCUCGAGGAAGCUGGCACAUCAUGGGACUAUGUCAUGAAGACUACUGUUUUUCUUGCCAACAUGUCAGACUACACAGCUAUGAACGAGGUCUAUGCUGCUAUGCUACCAAGUCCGAAGCCUGCACGUACCGCUGUUGAGGUUGGCAAGUUGCCGGGCAACUUUUUGAUCGAGGUUGAGGCUAUCGCUGCCAUUCCGGACUCAUGA